AUGGAAGACGACGAUAUGGAUGCGUCGCUUGAUGGACCCAUGUCCAAGCGUGCGAAGAAGAUUGAUAGAAUUGAAGACCGCUUAGCUGGUAUUGAGAAUGUUCUUGCCAGUCUCGCAACGAAACUCGGCAGUCUGGAUCUCCAGAAAGACUCGCAGGAAUCCAGCAGCCAAUCGCGGUCGAGCCGAGUUGGCCCUUCAAGGAGUCCUGGAAGUGUCCUCGUCGAAGCACCCACACCCGCGCCAUUCGAGGGCGAGAGUUCUAUCAAUAGCCAGUCAGACUAUGCUCGCGAGAUGCUGGCACGAGCGAUCGGGAGUACACCCUCUAUUGGACAGAAUGAAGAAGUCAAGUUGGCACUUACUGCUCUUUCGGAGAUGGUCUCUCAGCACGGCCAAAACCCUGCAACUUCCAACCCCUUGAUCAACCAGUCACUUGUCGAUAUUGACCCAUCGAAGCUGGAACGACCGCCUUGGGAAACUGCGUGCUAUGCUUUGGAGAAAGCUAGUGGUAUGUCUACAGACUUUGCACCCUUCAAGCCGAUCUGA